AUGAGCGCCACCCCCCUGUACAAAGGGAAAGUCAUAUUGAAACUGGGAAUUUAUCCCGAAGUCCCCGUUCCGGAAUGGGAGAGCUUUGCCUCCCAGCGCCAAACGUGGGAAAAGCCACUCGAAGGCGCUGUGCAGUAUAAGACGAAGAGUUUCGGGGAGAAAAUGCCAGGAUCGAUUUGA